AGCCCAGAGGGUGCAUGAGCGGGGGGCGGGCGCCAGGGAUCCUGCUCGGCGGAGUGGCCGUUCUGCUCCUGUCGCUGCUUUGGAUGCCGGCGCUCCUGCCCGUGGCCUCCCGCCUUCUGUGGAUACCCCGAGCCCUCUUCUCCAUGGCCUCGGCCUCUGGAAGUACCCGGGCCCACCCCCCGUCGCUCCUGGGCUCCGGAUAUGUCCCCGGCUCCGUGUCGGUAACCUUUGUCACCUGCCCCAAUGAGAAGGCCGCCAAGGAGAUCGCCAGGGGUGUGGUGGUGAAGCACCUAGCCGCUUGUGUCAGCCUCAUCCCCCACGUCACAUCCAUCUACGAGUGGAAAAAGAAGGUUGAGGAAGACCACGAGGUGCUAAUGAUGAUUAAAACGCGGAGUGCCUUGGUUCCAGCUUUGACAGAAUUUAUUCGUUCUGUGCACCCUUACGAAGUCGCUGAGGUGAUUGCGUUGCCCGUGGAGCAGGGGAAUGUCCCCUAUCUGCACUGGGUGCACCAGGUGACAAAGGGUUCUGGCUCCCAGCACCACCCGACUGUGGACAGCCCUACUGUGCCCUCACUGUGAUCCCCCUCAUCAGCACCAAGACCCCCUGGUGGUGUGGUGAUGGCUGGGUCCCCAUUAAACCCUCUCAAGUUUUCACUGUC